CGCUAUUGAGCGACACGGCUAUUAUUCGUGCUAUGGGUAUAGAUAGAGCUUGCUCUGCUGGAUAGUGCUUGAUUUCGUGCGACGGCAUCUGCGAGCGCCAUUGUAGCAAUGUCGCUGCCAGCGUCCGAAAGACUCGCGCCAUCGAGAAGGCAGAGGGCAUCAUCCGCAGUGACGACCGCACAGAACCUCCUCUGGCCAGUCCAAUUAAGCAGUAGCCAUGGAGAUUCCAGUUCUCGGCCAUCGCCGGGGUUGUCUGCUCGUUCUGGAGAGCCAUCAGAUCCGAUUGACAGGCCAGCAAGCCCAUCGAAUGUGUACAGCCAAAGGGAACCGACAAGGUCUUUUUUCCACAGUUCAUUCCGUGGGCAGCCAGCACCCCAUGAUAGCCAGCAACAUGCCCGCGAUGUUCGAGAAGAUACAGCUGAGCUUGCUUCGUACGCGCUCUCGGAGCAAUCUCGCUCGAUGAUCGGCAGUUCGCCUCGACGAAGCUCAUCGACGCAUUCAAAUGCUGGAUCAAACUUAGAAGCCUGGGGAGAUGGAGACGAUGACAGCGCCACACCGCACGUAUCCCAAGGCCCUACGAAGCCAUCAAUUAUUGAGGAAUUGUCGGAGCCAGGAACUCCACAGCAUGAGGGACAGCCGUAUAGGUCCCCGGGCACAUCUGUAUUGGCAGCUAUGCUACGGAAGGCCUCUCCGGCUGCAUCUCCACCAAGUAACGAGAUUGAUUCUGGGGAAGGAGAUACUGCAGAGGAUACCGGUGACGAGGAGGCCCUGAUAUCUGGCCAAGGAAAGAAGGUGCGGGGGAGAGAGGGGAUCGAUCGAGGGGAGGGGGAUUCAGUAAUGGCGGGAGGUGGUCGUGGGGAUAUUCACGGAGAGGAGGAUCCCGUGCGGAGCGUUUUUUGUUCAACACCUAGUGGAGCAGACAUCACGGAGCAUACCCCAUUACUUCGCCAGGUGUCGCAAGGACAGAGCCAACGGCCAAAUUAUCUCAGCGGAGGACAUGACUUGGAGGCACAGCCAGUUCGAGGGACUAAGUCCUGGCCCAAAGUCAACAAGAUACUCUCGAAGCAGCUGAGGAGAGGGCGCCGUGCAGCACGCUUAGUGUCAAGCCCAGAGAAGUGGGAUAAGAAGGUCAUAUGGCAGAGAUCAGUUGUUGAGCCAGCAGGAUACAUCCCGGCCGUUGUUUUGGGAGCGCUGCUCAAUGUUCUUGAUGCCCUCUCGUAUGGCAUGAUUCUCUUCCCUCUCGGGGAGCCGCUGUUUGAGAAGCUGGGCCCAGCAGGCAUAUCGAUGUUCUACGUUUCCUGCAUAGUAUCGCAGCUUGUAUUCUCGUUCGGCGGUAGCAUAUUUAAAGGAGGCGUUGGCUCCGAGAUGAUUGAAGUUGUGCCGUUCUUUCAUAAGAUGGCUUUCACUAUCUUGGCAACUGUCGGGGAGGACAACCCCAAAGCUGUCAUCUCAACCACCAUCACAUCAUAUGCGAUAAGCUCUAUCCUUACUGGGCUAGUGUUCUUCCUGAUGGGAGUCUGUCGCUUUGGAUAUAUUGUUGGCUUUAUCCCCCGCCACAUCCUGAUAGGAUGCAUCGGUGGUGUCGGUUGGUUCUUGAUUGCCACAGGGCUGGAAGUUACAGCUCGCCUCGAGGGAAAUCUCGAGUACAACAGGAAAACGUUGCACAAAUUAAUCCAGUUCGACACGGUGUUUCAGUGGGUAACACCACUAGUGUUAGGUUUGUUUCUAUACCGCUCCUCAAAGAUAUUUACUGGCAAAUACUAUCUUCCGACAUUUAUAUUACUGAUACCCGCCAUUUUCUACUUUUUUGUCUUUGCAUUGCCACAGUUGGAUAUACCUCAGUUGAGAGAAGACGGGUGGAUCUUCGAUGCACCAGAUGCGGAUGAACCGUGGUGGUAUUUUUAUACAUUAUACGAUUUCAAGCUUGUACAUUGGAGCGCGGUCGCUGAAAACAUUCCAGCAAUGUUUGCCUUGACCUUCUUUGGUGUUCUGCAUGUCCCGAUCAAUAUCCCCGCCCUUGCCUUCAAUAUCGGAGAAGACCACUUGGAUCUUGACAGAGAACUUGUUGCCCAUGGUAUCUCCAAUGCGCUGUCUGGGUUUGCGGGGAGCAUCCAGAAUUAUCUGGUCUACACAAACAGUGUGCUUUUUAUCAAAUCCGGAGGAAACAGUAGAAUUGCCGGCUUCAUUCUUGCCGUUGCAACUUUCGGGGUUCUCAUGGCCGGUCCGGGGCUCAUCGGGUACAUUCCCGUGAUGAUGGUCGGUGUCCUCAUCUUUGUGCUCGGAUUCGAGCUAGUGUUCGAGGCUGUCUGGGAUCCAAGGAAGAAACUCAAGCCUCUGGAGUACUUGACAGUCAUCGCAAUUGUACUGGUUAUGGGAACAUAUGACUUCGUCGUUGGCAUAUUUGUUGGUAUCGCACUGGCAUUCGUUAGCUUAGUCGUGCAGACUUCGCGAGUGCCAGCAGUGCGAGCCUCUUAUUCAGGAGAAAUUGCUGGCUCGACGGUUCGGAGGAACCCGAUCCAGCAUGACUACCUUCGCCAGGUCGGAAGACAGAUCCAUGUUACUAAGCUCGCUGGGUAUCUGUUUUUCGGAACUAUUGUCGACGUCGAGGCGAGGAUAAGGAGCCUGAUCAAGGAGGAGGCGUUCAACCAUCGCCCAAUCCGCUAUCUAAUAUUCGAUUUGUGGCAUGUCACUGGUAUAGAUUACUCCGCGGCCGAGGCGUUCAAUCGCUUGAAUAGAAUCUUCAGCCAGAAGGGUGUAACUAUUGUCAUGAGCGGCGUCUCCUCAGAAAGCCCAAUCGGCUUGAGCCUUCGAAAUGUUGGCCUUGGUGAGGGAGGGAACGAGGUAACCCUGCUUCCGGACCUCAACUCCGCACUUGAAAGCUGCGAGAAUGGGCUUUUAAAAGCUCUCUACCACAACAAAGACGAAAGGAAUGCUCAGCAUGCUCGUAGCGCGAGCGCCCUGUCAAGGGAUGUCAAUGCACGGCGCCUUUCUACAACAUCUGCCCAUCAGCCCUUCCCCACUCUACUUGGCUCCCCACGCGGCAACCACUUAGUCGUUGCAGCUACCAGGUCUCUGGAGACGGAGCAUAAAAACUCCACACACAAGUGGCAGAAUUUCAAGGAGCCUCUCCGUCUGAUCCUCCAGACCUUCCAGGGACUGACCGAUAAAAGCGAGGACUUUUGGUUCCGCGCCGUGCCCUACUUCACUCGCAAAGAGUACGCGGCGGGCACGACGCUUUUCCGUCGCGAACAACCCGCAGACGGUUUCUACCUUCUGGAGGACGGUAUACUGAGGGCAGACUACGACCUACCCCAGGGACGAUACUUUGAGAGCAUCGUCGCGGGAACCACUUGUGGCGAGCUGCCUUUCUUCUCGGAGACGGAGAGAACGGCGACGGUGAUCGCGGAGCGAGAUUGUGUCGUGUGGCUGAUGGAUCGGGGGCAGUGGGAGGAGCUGCAAGAGAAGGAUAAGGAUGUGGCACAGGAGCUGCUGCGGAUCACGCUGAAGCUGACCACAGAGAGAAUGAGUGCUAUUACGAGCUAUGUGCUCACUACGGCUGGAUAGCUGUACAUAUUGGAGCUGGCGCGAUGGUUGUAUAUUUUGAUAUUUAUGAUGUAUAUGAAGGGUGGCAUUUUGUAAUUGGACCUAGCACAUAGCAUUUCGGGAGAGCGAGUGAGAGCUUCCUGCCGCCGUGCUGCGGAUGUAUACCAAG